GUGCCCAUCAGCUGCCCCGAGUGCAGCGAGCGGCUCACCCCGCACGACAUCCGCCUGCUGCUCGCCGACCCGCCGCUCAUGCACAAGUACGAGGAGUUCAUGCUGCGCCGCUACCUGGCCUCGGACCCCGACUGCCGCUGGUGCCCGGCCCCGGACUGCGGUUAUGCUGUUAUUGCCUAUGGCUGUGCCAGUUGCCCGAAGCUAACCUGUGAGAGGGAAGGCUGCCAGACUGAGUUCUGCUACCACUGCAAGCAGAUAUGGCAUCCAAACCAGACAUGCGAUAUGGCCCGUCAACAGAGGGCACAGACUUUGCGAGUUCGGACCAAGCAUACUUCAGGUCUCAGUUAUGGGCAAGAAUCUGGACCAGCAGAUGACAUCAAGCCGUGCCCACGAUGCAGUGCUUACAUUAUCAAGAUGAAUGAUGGAAGCUGUAAUCACAUGACCUGUGCAGUAUGUGGCUGUGAAUUCUGCUGGCUUUGUAUGAAAGAGAUCUCAGACUUGCAUUACCUCAGUCCUUCUGGCUGUACAUUCUGGGGCAAGAAGCCAUGGAGCCGUAAAAAGAAGAUUCUGUGGCAGCUGGGCACAUUGAUUGGUGCUCCGGUGGGGAUUUCUCUCAUCGCUGGCAUUGCCAUUCCUGCCAUGGUCAUUGGCAUUCCUGUUUAUGUUGGAAGGAAGAUUCACAGCAGGUAUGAGGGAAGGAAAACCUCCAAACACAAGAGGAAUUUGGCAAUCACAGGAGGAGUGACUUUGUCAGUCAUUGCAUCCCCAGUUAUUGCUGCAGUUAGUGUUGGUAUUGGUGUCCCCAUUAUGCUGGCAUAUGUUUAUGGGGUUGUGCCCAUUUCUCUCUGUCGUGGAGGUGGCUGUGGAGUUAGCACAGCCAAUGGAAAAGGUGUGAAAAUUGAGUUUGAUGAAGAUGAUGGUCCAAUUACAGUGGCAGAUGCCUGGCGAGCCCUCAAGAAUCCCAGCAUUGGGGAAAGCAGCAUUGAAGGCCUGACUAGUGUAUUGAGCACUAGUGGAAGCCCUACAGAUGGACUCAGUGUUGUGCAAGGUCCUUACAGUGAGACAGCCAGCUUUGCAGCUCUCUCGGGGGGCACACUGAGUGGCGGCAUUCUCUCCAGUGGCAAAGGAAAGUACAGCAGGUUAGAAGUCCAAGCCGAUGUCCAAAAGGAAAUAUUCCCCAAAGACACAGCCAGUCUUGGUGCAAUUAGUGACAACGCAAGCACUCGUGCUAUGGCCGGUUCCAUAAUCAGUUCCUACAACCCACAGGACAGGGAAUGUAACAAUAUGGAAAUCCAAGUGGACAUCGAAGCCAAACCAAGCCACUAUCAGCUGGUGAGUGGAAGCAGCACGGAGGACUCGCUCCAUGUUCAUGCUCAGAUGGCAGAGAAUGACGAAGAAGGUAGUGGUGGUGGAGGCAGUGAAGAGGAUCCCCCCUGCAAACACCAAAGCUGUGAACAGAAAGACUGCCUGGCUAGCAAACCUUGGGACAUCAGCCUGGCCCAGCCCGAGAGCAUCCGCAGUGACCUGGAGAGCUCUGAUACGCAGUCAGAUGAUGUGCCAGACAUCACCUCAGAUGAGUGUGGCUCCCCCCGCUCCCAUACUGCAGCCUGCCCCUCGACCCCCAGAGCCCAAGGUGCACCGAGCCCAAGUGCCCAUAUGAACCUCUCUGCCCCAGCUGAGGGACAGACUGUCUUGAAGUCAGAAGGUGCAGAAGCCAGAGUAUGAAGUGGAAUGAAUGCUCCUGUUCUGAGAAGCACACUUGUUGUAACUGCAUCUUUUGGAAUCUUUUUUUGGGGGUGGGGGGGUUAGAGAUUUAUGUAUUUUAUUUCAAAGAUUCUCUGGUCACAGAUUUUCCCCAGGGAAAUUCUGAGAAAUUUUCAGAUAAAAAUUACCAGAUAAAAUAUGAAAAGUUUGCCAUUAGGCCCCCCUUUCCCCCCUUUUUUAGUUUUAAUUUAUUGGUUAAACUGAUGUUGGCGAUCCGUGAGGUGUGUCAAAGAGUGUACAUAUGUAUGUGUGUAUAUUGUAUGCUAAACAUAUUACUGAAGGACACAUUUUAAUAAAGAUUUCUGCUGUAAUUCUA